CUCUGCAUCAGCGUUAUCCUCUCUCCAACGAAGAGCAAGAAAAUCAGAGCGUCCGUCAAUGGCGGCUACUUCUCUCUUUUCAGGCCUUUCUCCCUACACUUGCCCUGCGUUUUCGUGCCGCAACUCACCUGGCGCUGGCAGUCUCUCAUCAAUCAUCUUCAAUGUUAGAAAGGCAUCCGAGGUCUGUUUCUCAUCCAAGAACAAGCCUGGAUUCAUGGACCAAAUUCUUGAUUACAUUGAAGGGGGCCCAAAGUUAAGGAAAUGGUAUGGAGCACCUGAUCUCCUCCCCAAAGAUGGAUCCAUUACGGAAGAAGAUGAGUCUUCAGAAGAAGAUGAAGUUAGAGAUGCAAUUCUAGUAACUGAUGGAGACAAUGAGAUCGGCCAGAUGGUAAUACUAUCAUUAAUUGUCAAACGAAUUAGGGUUAAGGCAUUGGUGAAGGAUAAACGUGCUGCUGUUGAAGCCUUUGGAACUUAUGUUGAGGUAGCCAAUGACUGGAGAUACAAAGGACACAUCAUUCCAGAAGGAGGCUCUAAGAGGUGUUCGUGCAAUAAUAUGCCCAAAUGCUUCUUAUCUCAAGUUAGGAGCCUGAAAGGAAUACAACAUGUGAUCCUAUUAUCCCAGUUGUCUGUUUAUAGAGGUACCGGUGGGAUUCAAGCUCUCAUGAAUAGCACAGCAAGAAAACUGGCAGAGGAAGAUGAAUCAAUAGUAAUGGCUUUGGGAGUUCCUUAUACCAUCAUCCGAGCAGGAUUGUUGCAGAAUAGCCCAGGCAGGACGCUAGGUUUCAGUUUUGAAGAGGGUAGUGCAGCACGGGGAAGACUUAGCAAGGAGGAUGCUGCAAUCAUAUGUGUGGAAGCACUUUAUGCUGUCCCACAAAGAGGACUAGUAUUUGAGGUUGUCAAUGGUGAAGAUAAGGUUUCAGACUGGAAGGAGUGUCUGACAACAUUGAUGGAGAAGGCAGAGCCUCUGCUUUAACUAAUUUGUGCAAGUGAAAUAGCAAGUUCUAGGAUCAAACAAAAUUAUAUACAAUAUUUGUACCAGUUAUUGGGAAAAAAAUGUAGAAUAUUUAUUCCACUUGCUGGGACUGAGGGACACAUAAAAUUUAUAUUUUUGUCUUUAUACUUUUUUUUUUUAUGUAGUCACCUGAAUUUUUCAUUAUUUCGAUUACACCAUUGUAUCUGCAUUUUUUAGUCAAUUUAAUUCUUGUGUUUUGA